AUGGAGUCUAAGCUGAAAUCCCUCAAGGUCGUCGACCUCAAAGAUCUCCUCAAUAAGGCCGGCACCCCCAUCCCAAGCAAGGCCAACAAGCAGGACCUCAUAAACAAAAUCCUCGCCACUCCUGCCGCAGUUGACGUCUACAACCAGCAACACGGCGGCGCGCCCGCGCAGACCACCUCAAAACCCGCCUCGAAGGCACAGGAGAAGCCCCAAGCACAGCCACAACCGGCAGAAACCACCUCCACUCCGACUUCUCCUCCAAAACCCUCUAAGCCUGCCUCCGCCGCUCCGGCCGCAUCUGCAAAGCCCGCGUCACAGGCUGCACCGUCUGAAGAACGCGCGCGAGCUUCGGAGGAGCCUACUCUUUCAUCAACGUCGACUGCCGACACCGCCGAGAUCAUCGCUGUACAGGAUGAAGAGGCAGAGAGACGCAAGGCUCGCGCCGCACGCUUCGGCAUUCCGAUAGUUGAAUCCCCGAAACCCCAGCCAGCACCGGCUCAGAAGAAGGAAAAGGCCGCAGCGAAUGGGAAGGCGGCAAAGAUUGCAGUUGCCACCUCUCCGGAGGACCUCGAGAAGCUCUCCGCUCGUGCAGCACGGUUCGGCAUCCAGGCACCGGUAGCAGACGCUACGAAGACUAAUGGGACGGCGAACGGCCGCAAGCGCGCUGCCCCCGCGCCGGAUCCUGUCGAUGACGAGGAGCUUCUCCGGCGGAAGAAGCGCGCAGAGCGGUUUGGCAUCCCCAUUGUUGGUGCCAGCGCAUAG